CACAUUUUUGUUUUGGUAAUGUAAUACAUUGUGAUUGACCUUAUUCACGGGAAUCGGGCGUUUCCAGUGAUAUACGACACAAAUGGGUUGUCCUCAUGCAUUCACUUUCGAAACGCAUUUUAAAAUAGAUGUUACGUCCUGUUAACCCUUAAACCGCCAGAGGCGACGAUCGUCGACAUAAGGGGGAAAGCGCCAGAGGCGACGAUCGUCGACAGCAGACAUUUAGUUCCACCUGUCUGCUAAGAGAUGGCAGUGAGUGUGCAUGUACGCUCUUUGGUACUUCGACAGUGAUGCUUAGCACAAAAUGGCAUCGAACAAAUUUCAAGUUUCUAUACAAGCUUUUGAGUAUUUUAUCAAAAACUUGAAGCCCCAUUUUCGCGGGAAUGACGUCAUCAGGAGUAAUUAGCGCUGCUACGACUAAUUAGACGGAUGCUUCGACCAGGAAUCGGAUGGAAACGAUGUAUUUAGACCCAGACUUCAUAUUAAAAUACCAAGGGAGGUAUAAAAAGCUGAUGGAGGUAUGUUCUGGCCAUAUUUUUGUUGAUUAUGGGUAUUUGCACUAAUUAACCCCUAAUUAGUAAAUUUUGGCGGGAAAUGUCACAAAAAUCGACGGGAAUUACCAUUUGUAUAAAAUCAUCAGUACAUUCCAUGGUGUUUGUAACAAAAAUAACGUUGUUAUUAAUCAUUUUCAAAAAUGCUCGGUUAAUUCGGCGCUCAGGGGUAAUAUGAUUUUGUUAAUUCGGCGCUUUAAGGGUUAAUGGGGCACGUCAUCAUCGCGUACAUUUUGGAAAAACUCCCUAACGAGACCGGAGCAGACGGCUGAAAGUAGUUUACUUAUUGGCCGCUAGGGUACAGAAUGUACGUCGCUCACCCGAAUUUUUCACGCAACUAUAGCUAAAUAGAGCUAGUUCUAGUUUGUGAUUCAAUUUGAUACUUCAGAUUUGGGCAGUAGACCAAUAUAACUUAGUCGUCAGUGUGGUUUUAAGCUGGAAAAACGUAUUUGUUUUUCUUAAAGUGCCUUUUUUGGACGGGUGUGUGCGAUUGUUUUGUUUUUAUGUCACGUGACCUCGAUCAUGUCGACACAAAAUUGAAAUAAACCACCCUUUUCUGUCAUUAUUUAGGACGGAUAUUUCUCUGAUAAAAAUAUUAAUAUAAUUGGCCAAUUUCUUAGGCAUAUGAUGUAGCGAAUUCCCAUGAAGAUUUAAAUUAAUUUCAACCAAUGGGAUAGCAACCACCACCGGAAGAUCGCGGAGAAAUCGGUAAACUCAACGGAGUUAAUUCAGAAAAAUACCAAAAAAAAUUGUUUGUAGGAUAUACAAUCUCUCUUUAUUUCUCAUCAUUCAUUUACAUUAUCUACUCCCGCACACACGUGUAUCUUAAGAGCCCCUCCUAAAGGGGGGCUUAUAAACGUAAACAGAAUGAUGAAAAGGGAAAAUUAUAUGGUAAUUUCUCAUCUUGGUGGUGUAUGCUACAAUGUGGAACCAACUACACGGCUCGUCGAUGGUGUAGCAGGAGAUUUGCUUGACCAACUUUGAAAAUCGCGAGCCCGGGUCUCCUGGUCGUAUUCCUUAUUAUAUACCAAGCCACUUUGGUUACUCAACCCGCCGUUGGCGCGGUGGUCGGCAGGCUAUUCAUAGUAACAAGACCGAGGGAUUUCUCCACGUAAAAAUUACCUAGCUAACGGCCGUGAUUCCAAUACGGAGAACGUGAGUAACAUUUUAUUCAUUGAUUUAUUUGGAGGCCGAUGAGAUCUUUGUGAACUUUGUUCGUGUACAUAUGUUGUCGUAUUCGGAAUCGUGUAUAUUCGUAUUAUUCUAAACCACGUGAAUGGAUUCUGGAAGGAUCUAUUCAAUCAUAUCGUAAAUGUGGAGCUCGCCAAGCCAGGAUCGACAGCAAGUGGACUCAUAGAGAAUUGAAGAAACCAGGCUGUGACAAAGACGAUUUUUCGCCUGGGCCAGAAUAAGGAAUAAAGAUGCGGUGGAUACUAAAUUGCAGCCCAAAACAAUUUACGACUGUUAAUGAAGCCAUUGCCAACUUAAACCAACUGCAACCUGAACAAUCAAAGACUAAGAGUGAUGAUGACUCCAAGUGCUAUGAUAGUGACCCUCAGAUUGAUUUCGAGGUGCCUGCCAUGCCUGCCCCCGUAGCGCCCAGUCCCAAAUUAACAAGCAUUCGACUAACUAGGUCUGAAAUUUAUGUUGUCAGCAUUCCUCCAGCAGAAAUGGUUUCGAGGGGACAUCAAGUCCGGAUGCCAUAUCGGUCAAAGGAAACGCAGACCACUAAUUUUCAACCUGACCUCACCCACACUUCAGUGUCGAUCAUGGAGGUACCAAGUACGCCUGAAGCUGCAUCUACCCCUCAGCCAAAAUACAAGAGGAAGCGUUCUGAUUCAGUGAUGCCAACAAUAAGCGAGCAUCCUCAUCCCUGACCGAGGGCAUGUGUGCAGUUUCAGUGUCCAAGCUUUUGGAGCUGUUCCACAUCUGCUACAACUGCGGCUCAAUGGUGACCAUCACACAGUCAUGCUUGUCAUGUGAUGGUAUCUGGAAAUGGCAGAGCCAGGAAAUGAUUGGAACGGUAUAUGCUGGUAACAUCGGCCUAUCGAUGGCAAUUCUUGCAGCGGGUGCUAUUCCAAGCAAAGUGAUAAGAGUCCUGCAAUUCUGGGGCAUUCGAAGCAUUUCCUCCGGAACAUAUUUUCGACACCAGUCAAAGUACCUGAACCAGGCAGUACGUAAUGUUUGGGAGGAGGAGACCAUCAAGGCACUGGCAGCUGUAGAGGACGUGGCCAAACUCUCCGGUGAUGGAAGGUGCGAUUCGCCCGGCCAUUGUGCGAAGUAUGGCUCUUACAAAUUACAUGACACAGGGAGAAACGCCAUUGUCAUGACACAACUUGUUCAGUCCACUGAGGUUAAGAACUCCUACCACAUGGAGCUGGAGGGCCUGUCCCGAUGUGUCGAUGAAGUGAAAUCAUACGUCCCACAUGUUAAGAUAGAAUUAACAACUGAUGGCCACAAAUCAGUGGAGAAGUGGUUGAGAGAGGAACAAUCGGACACCAUAAGGCAUUAUUUUGAUGUGUGGCAUGUUGCUAAAGGACUGAGGAAAAGACUCAAGCCCAUAACCAUGAACAGGCGGUUUCAGCUGGUCAACAAAUGGCUGAAAAAAGUAUUAUCAAUCACUUGUACUGGUGUGCCAUGACCAGCAAUAACGACCAAUCAUUGAUCUUGGCCAAAUGGAGAUCAAUAGUUAACCAUAUAGCCGGCGUCCACACGCACGAAGAAAACGAACUGUUCCCCAAGUGUAUCCACAGUCGUAUUCCAAGGCAGUGGUUUAAGAAAGGAACAGAAGAAUACGACAAGGUGUUUGCUCUGCUACUCAACAAGAACCUUCUACAUUCAAUCUCAAAGCUCAGCUCGGAUGGCCAGACAUCUGGUUUGGAGGGAUACCAUAGCAGCCUUCUACACUUCGCCCCAAAGAUGUACCAUUUCGGAGACAUGUAUUCAUCCACGACCGGAAGUGUGGCAGUCACAUAGAGCUUAUCAAAAUGUCAAGUUGUGCCGCAAUCAUGGAUUCAGUCCUUAAAACUGAAAAUAAACCAGCACAGCGAACCUGAUCUGAAGUCGAAUACUAGUACAAUUCAUUGCUGCUGCUGAAAUUCGGGCACCAAGUCUCUUGAGCUUCAGUGGAAUGGACUUUCCCCGUGUAUUGUUCAUGGUGUGGAUUGCUGCAUGAACACGACUGCGAUAGUUUUUAAGGCCUUCCCAAGAAAGGUGCUGAAAGCAUCCUCCAUGCCGGCACUACAUCUACCGUCGCCGUCGGUUUUACAGCAAUGAACAACAUCCUGUCCCCUCCGGCGAAGUAUCUUCAGUGGGCUGACCGUGUUCUCGACCUUCGGUGCGUCCGAUCGCUCACGCACAACAUUGUUGUAAUCCUCAUGACUGAAACGAGACCAGCUAUCAUCGGUUUUCUCCGGAGGCAUUGUCCUGCUGUAGGGCGAGUGACUCUUCUACUGGUUGCAGUAUCCUGCAAGACCUGGGUCCUGUCAGUUCACUUCGCAAUCUCUGAUUUAGGCACUGAUGCAUCAGAUCACUCUUCAAGGACAAGGCUGUACCGGCACGAUAUAUCCUCAUCGGAGAAUGUGACCAAUUUAACAUCUAUUAUCUGUUGAGGUGGAUUCAUAACAAAGCAUUUGACCAUUUUUUCUCUCUUUUUAAUGAAUCGACAUAUUUGUCGGAUUUCAACGCAUUUACAGAGUAUAAGUGCAGACCCUUGUGGCAUUGGGCACCAGAGCCAAUGAUGACAUGUGCUAGUAUAUUGUUAUUUCUGAUUACAUGUAUAGUCCUUGUAUAAAACAAACAGUGCUCAAUAGUAUUAAGUCAUAUUUGACAAAAUUAUUAGCUCUUGAGUUUGGUUUAGCUUCAGAAUUAAAAGGUGGGCGUGGCAUAUUCAGAUAUAGCUUUGAGUAGAUGAACUCCUCAAAUUUCUUUAGAGGUCAAUAUUAUUUAAAACUUUCUUUUGCAGACUGUUGUGAACAUCUAGGGGAAUCGGGAAAUGGCAGAAAUUCUGACCUGGGGUCAAAACUGGCUCUCUACUAGGGCAGAGACAUGUAUUCAUCCACAGGCGGAAGUGUGGCACUGGCACAUAGUCCGUACUGAACUGUGAAGCUGUGGUAAAUACAUGACUGUGAUGGGUGAAAGUGGAUUUAUUCUUCAAUCUUUAGUGGAUUCUUAAUCUACAGAGCCAGGCCAUAACAGGGAUAUACUUUUUGAUAAUUAAUUUAGGGAAAUAUUGUGUCAGUGGCAAGUUUAGAACUUGUAUUCUAAUAGGCCCAGUCUGCAAGUGACGAUUUGAUGGCAAUCCUGUACACAAAUAAAUUUUUCUCAGGCAAUCGGUAUUGGAAUGUUUUGAAUUUUUACAAUUAUUUUGAUAAAAGCCUCUUCAUAAUACAUAUAAAAUUUGGUGGGAAUUAAAGCACCCUUGGUGUACUUUUUUCACCAACCUAUGUUUAUAAAAUGUACACAGAAUGUACAUGCUGGCUAAUAGAGGUAUCUGGACUGCAAUUUUUUUUUUGCGUCUCAGUUGUUGAAUUGAUUCAUAAAUACAGUAGUUGUCAGGUUCAUAAUAAUGUUCAGUUAUGGAUAAUUUGAUUCUUUUCUGGUAUUUUGAUCGUGUACAACUCAAAAUUUAGCAAGGGGGGAUUUGCUGUGUAUUCACUCUUUGUAAUUCGCGCCUUACGUUGGUGGCGACGUCUGUGUUAAGUUGAAUAAACCUCGUUGUAGUUUCGGUAUUGAGA